AUGGAACAACUCCUGUGUAGAGUUUACUCCAAGCACUUAAAAAUUUCGCCAUGCACUCUGCCCCUGCUCAUCAGCGAGUCCGUCUUUCCCAGCAUCAACUCGCGUCGCCGACUUUUGGAGCUGGCCUUUGAGUCGCUCGCAGUACCCGCCCUCUAUACACUCAGCUCCGCACCUCUGGCACUCUUCUCCACACGUCGAACCUCCGGAGUCGUGCUGGACAGUGGAGAAGCCUUCACGGCUAUUGUACCCAUUCGGGACGGUCAGCCGGUGCACGAGGCCACCUUCCUCUCAACCCUGGCUGGUAACUUUCUAACGCAACGUCUCCGCGACCUACUGGCUGUCAAGGGCCACUAUCUGCAGUCGCCUGCAGACCUGGAGGCCCUCCAUGACAUCAAACAGCGUCUGUGUUAUGUCUCCGCGGACUUCUACACCGAAAGCAUCACCUUUUCUCCGCGAGCCUGUUCGAAGAUCUAUGAGUUGCCGGACGGUCGAACAGUGCCUCUGGGGGAGGAGCUCUUCGGCUGUCCGGAGGAGUUGUUUGGACAGACACUGACGGCUGCCUGCCCUCCGUUUGCGGUUGGCCUUCCAAACAUCCUGAGCGAGGCAAUCGACAAGUGUGGUCCCGAGUUGGGCAAUCUCAUGUCGGAGAAUGUGGUCCUGGCGGGCGGUUCGACCCUCUUUCCGGGAUUUGUUGAGAGGUUGGGGAGGGAGUUGCGUAGACGCAGUCCUCGGGGACGUCCAAUCAACAUAUACGCGCCUGAGGAGAGGUUGAAUACCGCUUGGCGUGGAGGCUCGGCAAUGGCAACUUUCGCGAACUUUCAAAAAUUCUGGCUGACUCCGGAGGAAUACCGGGAGCAGGGCUUUUCCCGUCUGGACAAAUACUUUCACUGA